AUGAGACUGACGGACUCAAGUUUUGAGUAUGAGGAUGAGGAGUAUAAAUAUAUCACUGUGUUCGAUGACAACGAUGAAGAUGAAUCUAGCGAGUUCAAAACCAAGUACUUAAGGAUGAUCAAGCCUGACAGUGAGAACGGCGACCUUUGUUUUGGGUGUGGUGACCUGAUAUCUGAUCGGUUCCUGCUGAGGGUGGAUGGUCAAUCUUGGCACAUGUCCUGUCUACGCUGUUGUGUCUGUCAAACCAACCUGGAGCGCCAGACCUCAUGCUACAUCAAGGAGGGACACAUCUACUGCCGGACAGACUACACAAGGUUAGGAGAAUUCGGUGUGAAGUGUGCCAAGUGCUUCCGGUCAAUCCAAGCCAACGAUUGGGUAAGACGAGCACGUGACCACGUGUUUCAUCUCGCAUGUUUUGCCUGUGACAAUUGCAAGCGCCAGCUAUCCACGGGUGAAGAGUUCGCUCUACAGGAGGGGAAAGUACUCUGCAAGACACAUUACAUGGAAACUCUCGAAGGUGGUCCGAGAAAAGAUUCUGAAGGAAGUCAGAAGUCGAAGACAAAACGCGUCCGUACGACAUUUACAGAGGAUCAAGUACAAGUUCUACAAGCCAACUUUCAUCUCGACAGCAACCCAGACGGACAAGAUCUGGAGAGAAUUGCCCAGAUCACGGGACUUUCUAAACGCGUGACGCAAGUGUGGUUCCAGAAUUCAAGAGCGAGGCAAAAGAAACAGCAGCAGCAACAGACACAAAGCGGGAACACCAGUCCAUCAUCAUUGUCCUCGCCAUCUAAACUCUCCAGUCCAUCUAAUUGGUACAUCGGUUCCGAGAGCCCUAUGAGUGAAGACAGUCCGGCGUUUUCAGAUUGA